CUAAUUUGGACACAGCAUCCAGACUAAUAGUAAGAGCAACCCCUGCUCGCGAAUUAUAGUUUUAAGUUGUUUAAAAUGAAACAACAAUUUGAACAUAAAUAGAUAAUUCAUAAAUUCUGCAACUGUUUUGCUACGAUAGUUAAACCUUAUUACAGUUCGGGUUAAUAUUGUAAGGGUAAGAUAAUUUUAUCUUUGAGUAGAAGGGCGGGGUAAAAACAAGGACUCUCGCAUUUAUUGGAUUGCCUUGAGAGUCGCAAGUAAAAGUGCAUUCAGAAGUGAAGCUCUGUUCAAAUAGUUCAAGGUCACGUGCAUUCAAUUCCAGCCAGACAAAAAGAAGCCCUAUAAGGAAGAGCCAUGUCAUGGGAGAGCAUCGCGUCAAAGGAUCUGCUUAGCAUCCCGCAAAGUCAUAAUUUAUCAGCAACACAUUUACUUGCGUCUCCCGAUGGAUCGCGAUACUUGCUGGAUAAUUGCAAUGAUUUAUGCCAAUUUGAGGAGAAUUACUCGAGAAUUGCCGGACACGGCUCAAGCCCCGAUGGGGAUGUGGGACCCCGUUCGUUGUGGGUUCGCCCGGGUCUCGCUCGUUCCGGCCAGGUCAACACCAUAAUCAGUUGUUUUUGGUCGUGUCAAAGAAGUCUGCGUCAGUACAUAGCGAAACGAAAGAUCGAACGUGGAUUGAGAUUGUACGAGCAGCAUAAUCAGACUGCGGCAGUUCGCACCUGGCGGAGUGCAUUAAAGGGUACCUGUCGACGGGAAGACUGCUUUCAGCUGUUGGGCUACCUGUACCAGGCACACAUGGACUGGGGCAAGUAUCGAGACGCCAUUGACUUUGGGCACCAGCAGUUAGGCAUUUCCGAGGAGCUGGAUUCGCCCAACAUGCGCGCCGAGACGUACUUGAACCUGAGCCGGGCUCACGCCAGCCUCGGUUGUCUGGAGCGGGCCCUGGCCUAUGCACGUCAUUCGCUUUACAAUGAGUCCGGCACGAAAUGCCGCAGUGGCCUGGUACAUUUGACGGUGGCACGGGUCUAUCUGGAAAUGGGCGGCUUUUCGCGAGCUCUGGAGGGGCUUCAGGGUGCCCACAAAAUAGCCACUGCCAUUGGCGAUCCCUCGCUCGAGCUGCAAGUUUACGUGGCGCUCUCCGAACUCUUUAGCCGGCUGCAGGACAACGACAAAAGUGCAACAUAUGCAUCCAAGGCAUACGAUCUCUCCCGAUCCCUACAACUGGGUGACCUGAACUCCUGCCAUCACAGGGCCGCCUUGCUGCGAAUGGCAGCCUCAUUGCGCAAACAGGGAGAGCUUGGAGAUGCCCACGACUAUUGCUUGGAAGCAACUAGGCUCUCAUUGAUUUCUGGAGAUCAGGCCACGUAUACACGAAGUAUCCGAGUUAUGGGCGACAUUUACCGCAAGAAGAUGGAUAUUGACAGAGCAUUUCGGCAGUAUGAGCAGGCGAUGGGAACUUCGGCCACUUUGGGCGAUCGCAUGGCCCAGAUGGAGGCGAUGGAUGGCGCAGCCCGAUGUCUGGAAACCUUGCGACUGCAAAAUAAGAUCUGCAAUUGCAGGCCUUUGGAGUUCAAUACGCGGCUAUUGGAGGUCGCCAGCUCGAUUGGGGCGAAGUUGUUGGUUCGGAAAAUUCGCAGUCGGUUGGCACUCAUAUAUCGGGCCCUGGGCGACGAGGACCAGUGCAACACUCACCUCCGUUUGGCCGAUCAGACUGACGCGGCCCUUGGCCUGAUAUGUGGUGCCUGUGGAGAAGUUUUUGGCAUUCAGCCCGCCAGCCUGGAAGCCCUGCCGUGUGCGCAUAUAUUGCAUGCCAGAUGUGCUCAUGAAAUUUUUCGCCGACGGGAUAAAAGUAUAUCGGCGCGCUCGUGUCCGGCGUGCAAUAAAUUGCUGAGCUCCCGCCUGCAGCUCUAUGGGAACGAGAUCACAGCCGAAACUGAGAACUUCGAUGGAGAUGGUGCUAGGAUCGCGACGCUAAACGCGAAUGGACUCAAUCUCGAUGGAUUUAUGUCGCUCAACUCGGAAACUCUGUUGCCGCUGCCAACGCGAGCCUCGGGUAAUGAGUCCGCCGUAUUCUGUAACGGGCUCCAAAACAAAUCAAUACCCAGCAUAGCGAACACGGCUCUACUCCUGACAGCAAAUGCUUCUCCCAACGCCGUCUACCGCAGCAAUUUGUCGCUGGCUUCCCUGAAUAUGCGAGCCUCGAGCCUGACCAUCGACAGCGGAAGGAACGCGACAUCUUCCGUCUAGGCUCAAGGUCCAGAUAAUCAAACACAUAACAUAGCUUAUAGACAGAAUUUUUUUGAUUCCUCAAACGCCAAUAAUUAUUUUUCUAAUUAUCGCUAACUAGGCUUUCGAGACUUUUCAGUUGUUAAAGAAAAUUUUGUGGGAGUGUGUUCCAUAGGACUUUUUUGGGACUCUCGGCGUUAUAUUUUCUAUCUUAAGCUUUCUGAUUUUAAGGUACCAUUUUUUAUACUCUGAACCGAUCUGUAUGAAAUAUUCUGCAUUAGAUCUACUUCUGUAGAUCUUAUGCUCCUAUACUCCUUUAAAUAAUGUCCAGUUCAAAUUAGGGUAUUUAUUUAUUUAUUAGGGCAUUAUUCAUUUGUUAUGUAAUGAUUUAAUUUGGUGAAAUUUCGUUGAAACCUGAUCAAAAACAGAAUUUAGUUUUAAAUCCCUGACUGCAAUAAGUUAAGGAGGGCUAGUCAGACAGAUGGGCAUGGCUAGAGCGGAGUUGGGUUGGGAGAGGCUUCCUUCUGCCUGUUACAGACAUUUGUACAAAACCAAUAUACAUUUUGCCAUAUAUAAACAGUGAAAAACUAUUGAAGGGUUUAUUUAAAGCUAUGAAGAAAAGGCACAUUAAACAGGCGACAAAAGAGGUGUCUAUUUUAUUUGUAUUUAUCGAUUGGAAACGGGGAUAGUUAUAGAUAGUCGGAAAAAUAAACUCGUUCUACGACGGACGGACGGAAAUGGCUAGAUCGAAUCGAAUUGAUGCUGACUGAGAAUAUAUAUACUACUACUGCCUGCACAAAUCUUUUUGUCUUACCUAUUUUCGAUGGGUUCAGUGUAUAAAAACUUGGCCAAAGAAGAACCACGGGGGUUAAUACAUGAAUUCCACAUUUCCUUAAAAUUCUAAUAUCUGAAAUCAUAUUUGAUUCAUUUUGAGAAUAUAAAUAAAACAUCCAAUUAGAGGAGGAAUAGCUUCAGAGCUCUGCUUCGUUUUGUUGGGUAAAAGGAAGAAAGCAAAAGAGACCUAAGUACCUAAAUCAAAAUGACACACAAAUUGUUAAAGUUUCAAAGAUUUAAAUGAAUAGCUAGUUAUACCUAACACACAGAUAACAUAGAAUCCUACAUAUGUAGACUUUUAUAGCUCGUAAACAUAUAUUAAAUAACACGAGUAUCCGUUAAUCAAUUCGUACAUAAAUAUUUAUGAAUUAAUAAUUGAGUAUGAAAAUAAAUACACUCAGAAAAUCUAUAUGAAUUAAUAAUUGAGCGUGAAAAGAAAUACAUGCAGAAAAAAUAGGCCGUAUUGAUGUCAAAUUUAGAAAUGCACCUUUUUUUAGUCAUUAAGUUCAUUUUGAAAAAUAAUUUAAAUUGAAUUAGCUAAUAUAAAUGCAUGAACAUAAUUUCAUAUCUUGAAUUAAUAAAGUUUUAAUUCACUUAGCAAAA